AUGGUCUGUAACUUGGAGUUUCUUCUGGACUCAGGACUCCUGCUCAAAGAGCAGGUAGCAAUCACAGCUAGGAGAGUCUUUGCACAACUCUGUGUUGUGCACCAGUUUGACCUAUUCUGGAUUGAGAGUCCCUAUGCUCAGGCAUUCAAUUCUCGGGUCCCCUCACAUCUGGACAACUGCAAUGCGCUCUACAUGGAACUGCCCUUGGAGAGCAUUUGGAAGCCUCAAAUGGUACAAAGUACAUUGGUGCAGGCAGUACUUGAGGCCUCCACGGUGGCCCAUAUUACACUACUCCUCCGUGAGCUGCACUGGCUGUCAAUUGGCCUCCAGGUGCAAUUCAAGGUGUUGGUUAUUACCUUUACCCUACAUGACAUGGGUACAGGUCACUUAAGAAACCAUCUCAUCCCAUUAGGAUUGGUGCACCCCAACCAUGCCAGCAGAGGAGGCAUGUUAGGUCCCAUUGGUAAAGGAUUUCUGGCUGGUGAGGUCCAGAGAAAUGGCCUUCGCUGCAUGGUUUCUGCCCUUUGGAAUAUUUUACCCCCUGAGACUCCCACCAUGAGAAGCAAAAUGUUGUUCCUCGCAGCACUCCAUGCGGUAUUCUUUGCUUCCAUACAAGUCAUGGCUCAAAAAAGGGAGAGAGUGGUCUGCACCAAUGUAUACCUGGCCGACAUUGCAUUCCUGAUAGAUGGAUCCUCUAGCAUUGGCAGGGGAAAUUUCCGCAUGAUCCGAUCCUUCAUGGAAGGCCUGGUUGUUCCUUUUAUCAAUGUGGUGGGUGUGAACGGGGUACGUUAUGCAGUUGUGCAGUACAGUGAUGACCCCAGGACUGAGUUCAAAUUCUCGGACUUUCUCAAUGGAACGGAAGUGAUACGGGCAGUCCAAGAGAUAGCCUUCAAGGGCGGGAAUACUCGCACAGGAGCAGGACUGCGUUACGUAGCAGAUAACCUAUUUGGGGCCAAUCAGCUCCGGCCUAACAUUCCAAAGAUCUGUAUUCUCAUUACUGAUGGAAAGUCUCAGGAUGAGGUUGAGCAGACGGCCUUAAAACUGAAGAAUCAAGGCAUUAAAGUCUUUGCAGUGGGUAUCAAAAAUGCAGACCGGAAGGAGCUUGACCGAGUGGCUUCCACACCCACGGAAGACUAUUCCUUCUAUGUUACUGAUUUCAAAAUCCUGGCAUCCCUCCUGCCACUGGUGUCACAGAAGGUGUGUGCCAGCACAGGAGGCAUCCUCCAGACAAUAGGUGCCUACAAUGGUCCUUCCAACCUGGUCUUCGUGGAACAAGGAAGAGACAUGCUAAGGAUCCGUUGGACAGCAGCUGGUGGCCCUGUAAUUGGAUAUAAAAUUCAGUAUGUACCUUUGACUGGCCUGGGGCAACAAGUCAUGUCAGAAAGGCAGGAGGUCAGUGUGGGAUCUGGUGAGACAAGCACUGUACUCCGUGGCUUGAAAAGUGGGACAGAUUACCUGGUCACUGUUAUAGCUCAGUAUGCCAACCGCAUUGGAGAAUCAGUUUCUGGCAAAGGACGGACACAGAUGCUGUCUGGCGUGACAAAUUUUCGGGUGUUAGAAACAGGACCAUUUUUCCUCAGACUAUCCUGGGCAGCUGAUCUGAAUGAAGCCCUACAAGGCUACCGGCUCACUUACGUAGCUAGAGGUGAAGCUGAAGCUGAAGAAGUGAAUCUUGAUGCCAGUUCUACUUCGUUCUUGCUCAGCAACCUUCGACCUAACACUGACUAUGUGAUAACAUUGUACCCCAUCUUCCCACAUCAUACAAUAGUGCCUGCUGUAGUUCAUAGCCGAACAAUGAAUUUGGCAGGAGUGCAACAACUAAGUUCCCAGAACAUCUCCUCCCAAGGGAUGCUGGUGAUGUGGAGGGGUGUGAGUGGAGUUACUGCAUACCGUGUUACCUGGGAACUCCUCUCAGGUCAGGGUCGUCAAACAGCUGAUGUGGAUGCUAGCAAGAAUUCCCAUUUGUUAACAGGACUGCAGCCUAACACUGAUUACCUAGUAUCUGUUGCUCCACUCUAUGGACAGGUAGAAGGUCCAAAGGCCUCCAUUAGGAGGAAAACAGAAAUAGCCCAGAUUCUUAGGACUAUUGCUGUUGACCCAACAUCAAUUAAGGUUGCCUGGAAUAUCAUCCCUAAUGCUCGGGGGUAUCGUCUGGAGUGGAGAAAAGCAACAGGAGCAGAUUCUCCCAAGACUGUCUCUCUUCCCACCAAUGAGAACAGCUACACUCUGAGUGGCCUGCAGCCCAGCACGGAAUAUCAUAUCACCCUCUACACUUUGUAUGAUGGAAAAGAAGUAGCAACCCCAGUUACUAUCUCAGAGACAGGGGUGGCACCUUCAGUGGGAACCGUCUCCAACUUGAGGAUUAUCGAGACCAUAGGAAACAGAGUCCGGCUAUCAUGGCUAGGAGUCCAAGGAGCCACAGGAUAUAAGAUCGUAGUACGCAAUAUGCAAGAUGGCACUGAGAGGGUUCGACAGAUCCCAGGGUCCCAGACCACAGAGGACUUAGUUGAUUUGACAGAGAAUGUCUCCUACGUGGUUCGUGUGUCAGCUCUUAUUGGCAACCGUGAGGGUAAUUCCGUGCCUCUCAACAUCCAAAUCCGACCACCAUUAGUGGGCAGUGUAUCAAAUCUGCGCAUGGUGCCAGUGGGACUGGGUCGCAUUCGGCUGCUGUGGACACCUGUUCCCAGGGCUACAGCUUAUAAACUGGUGAUUGUCAACACUCAGGAUCGCUCAGAGGAAACAAGAAGAAUUCCCGGAGACCAGAAUUUCUUUGAGUUGCAAGAUCUGAAGGAGGGUGUCACAUACUUAGUACAAAUAACAACACAGUUGGGCACCCAAGAAAGCAUUCCUGCCACCCUUACUUUCCAAGUUGAACGUUCAUCUGUAGGAAGCAUCAGCAACUUAGAGGCAACUCCAUCUGGGCCCAAUCAAUUGCGUGUUACCUGGAAUCGUGUUCCUGGGGCCACAGGCUAUAAAGUGACAUGGCGAUUGAGAAAGGGUCAAGAGAUCUCUCGAGUCCUACCAGCUGAUAUAAAUUCCUACACCAUUGAUGGUCUGAGGCCUGGAACUGUCUAUUUCAUUGAGGUUUCAGCCUUAGUUGGCAGCAGAGAAGGGAGCUCAGCUACCACCACAGCUACAACAGGCUUUGAUCCAGUGGGAACAGUCAGCAGCCUCAGAGUCCUUGAGUCCAGGGGAAAUGUGGUACGCAUCUCUUGGGUUGGUGUCCCAGGGGCUACAGCAUAUCGAGUGGUGUGGAGCCAGCGUAGUGGUGGACCUGAGAGCAGCAAACUGGUCUUGGGAAACAUUAAUUCCUUUGACUUAGAAAACCUGGAAGGAGGAGUCAGCUACACUGUAAAAGUCACAGCACUGAUUGGGAAUCGUGAAGGGAAUCCCGUGUCUAUUACUGUCACAACACCGGCAAUCCCAAUUCAACCGGUUGGAAACCUGCGUGUGAUUGACUCCUCACAAACCCGUAUUCGACUAGAAUGGAGCCCAGCACGGGGGAGCACAGGCUAUCGGCUCAUCUGGCGCCCUGCAGGUGGGCCUGAGAGGAGUCAGCUGUUGCCAGCCCAUAUUAAUACCUAUGUCAUUGAAGAUCUGCAGCCAGGAGGGCGCUACGACAUCCGCAUCACAAGUCUGAGUGGCAACCGGGAGAGCGAAGCUGUGGCCAUUGUUGCCACCACUGGUGGAGAAGAGGCACAACGAACAUUGCCUGCAUCAGAAACAUCACACCGAGUGUCUGGGUUGCAUCUGGGGGAGCAAUACACCUUUAUGAUUCGCCCACUCUUUGGGAGCAUCUCCGGUGCUGAGGUUUCUAUUUCUGGCCAGACAGUCUGUCCAGAUACCCAGCGUGAUGUCAUUUUUCUUGUACAUACAACUCGAGACAAAGCCUACAAUGCAGAGGCCGUGCAGAGCUUCCUCUCCAACAUUAUAUCCACUCUUCGUCCAGGUCCUGAAACUACCCGGGUGGGCAUUGCAAUGUACAGCUAUCGAGGCCUUCAUUUACUCCUGCUUAAUCGUUCCAAUGAUUUAGCAAGUCUCCUGCAGCACAUUCGCUCAUUGCGCUAUGAGGAGCGUAGUGGCAAUGCCAUAGGAGCAGGCAUUAAUUUUGUGAAGAACUACAUGCUGAGCCCAACUGCAGGGCGAAGGACUGGCGUCCCAGGAACAUUAGUGAUAUUGGCAGACGAGUCAUCCAGUGAUGAUGCCACUGGGCCGGCCAGGGAAAUCAAAGCUGCCGGAAUCCAGAUUCUAGCAGUGGGAAUGGAAGGAGCCAAUCGUGAACAACUGCGUCGCCUUGUGACCAGUGAAGAAUCACGUAACGUUUUCUUUGUGCGAGACUCAAACAGUCUGUCAGAGGUGGAAGCAGGACUUGCCAGCGCCCUCUGCGGACCAGAUGGGGGUGAGAAGGGUGAGCCAGGUGAGCCUGGACGCAAUGGGAUCCAAGGUCCUCCAGGUCCAAUGGGACCACGUGGCCCCCCAGGUGACACUAUUGAGAGGCGGGGUGAAAAAGGAGAGAGGGAGCAGAUGGUGCACCAGGGAAUCCUGGUCUUCCUGGUAGCCCAGGUUCUCCUGGUCAGCCGGGCAGCCCUGGCCUUCCUGGUCUCAGAGGAAACCAAGGCCCUCCUGGACCAGGUGAUGGGGGUGUGGUCAGAGGAGAACCUGGUGUUCCAGGUAUUCCCGGAGAACCUGGGCCCAGGGGACCCCCUGGAACUCCAGGACAAAAAGGUGAUAAGGGAGAUGGAGAAGAAGGUUUUCCUGGACUCCCUGGACGUACUGGAGACCCUGGAGAUCGGGGCCCCCGAGGACCUCCAGGUGAACCUGGGAUCAAGGGAGAACGUGGAUUGCCUGGUCCUGAAGGAGAGAAGGGAGAACAAGGUCCCUCAGGCCGUGCUGGUCCAUCUGGCAGAGAUGGCUUACAAGGACCACCUGGGCCUCGAGGAGAACAAUUCUUACUGCUAUGAAAUUGGCUCAGAUUUGGCAUCCAGCCUUACUGGAAUUAAAGGAGAUAAGGGAGAAAGAGGUCUUAUAGGACCUGAAGGUCCACCUGGACCUAGAGGAGAUGAUGGGGACAAAGGAGAACGUGGACCUCCUGGUCUUAGUGUCCCUGGCCCACCUGGUCCACCUGGAGAACAAGGAGAAAAUGGACUCACAGGACUGACUGGCAAAAUUGGCCCAAAGGGUGAUCCAGGAGAGCCAGGGGAGAGAGGAGAGUCAGGAAGAUCAGGUCCUGCAGGACCAACUGGCCCACGAGGAAAAGAGGGUGAAAGAGGUGACAAAGGAGAAGAAGGAAUCUCUGGUGAGCCAGGCCUACCUGGGAAACCUGGAGAUAAAGGUCCACGGGGUCCUCCAGGCAUCAGAGGCCUUCCUGGUGACAAGGGAGACCAGGGGGACCCAGGUGAAGAUGGGAGAAACGGCAGCCCUGGACCAUCAGGGUCAAAGGGUGAUCGAGGGAGUCCCGGAGAGCCGGGUCCUCCAGGCCAAGUUGUGAGUGCCAUAUUUUUGUUUCCAGGGGAGCCAGGAGAUCCUGGAGAGGAUGGCAUGAAAGGAACAAAAGGAGAAGUUGGUUUACCUGGCCUGCCAGGAGAACGGGGAAUUGAAGGUCUCAGAGGGGUCCCUGGAGUUCGUGGUGACCCUGGAGAUCGAGGCCCAGUAGGAGAGAAGGGUGAUCGGGGUCCUCCAGGCCUGGAUGGUCGGAAUGGCUUGGAUGGAAAACCAGGACAAAUAGGCCCUUUAGGCCAAAGAGGUGAUCCAGGAAAGCAGGGUGACCCUGGUCGAGAUGGCUUGCAAGGUCAGCGUGGAGAGCAAGGUCCUCCUGGAGCAAUUGGUCCACCGGGAUCUCCAGGACUGCCUGGCAAAACUGGUGAAGAUGGCAAACCUGGGCUGAAUGGGAAGAAUGGAGAAGAUGGGAUCCCAGGAGAGGAUGGGAGAAAGGGGGAGAAAGGUGAAUCUGGAACACCUGGCAAAGAAGGUCCUGAGGGUGUUAAAGGAGAGAGAGGAAACAGUGGGCCCCCAGGGCCUCCAGGGCCAUCAGGUGUUCCCGGCGUGCCUGGACAAAUUGGUCAACCAGGCCAGGGCUUGCCCGGCCUCCCUGGAUUAUCUGGCCCAAAGGGAGACAGAGGAGAGCCUGGAUUCAAAGGAGAACAGGGGAGAAAUGGUGAAACUGGGCCACGAGGCGAACCCGGGACAGCAUCAAAUGUUGAACGUGCCCUAGAAGCAAAUGGUAUUAAGAUUUCCCUACUCCGAGAGAUCACUGGUGCUUAUGAUGGCAGCUCAGAUCUGCUACCGCUUUUCCCUGACCGCCGGAGAGGACCGAAGGGUGAGAGAGGAGAUCCAGGAGAAAGGGGGCCACCAGGGAAGGAGGGUCUCAUAGGCUUCCCUGGGGAAAGAGGAGCAAAAGGAGAUAAAGGGAAUGAAGGACCACAAGGACCACCAGGACGUGCCAUUGGAGAGCAGGGGCCAAGAGGAACGCCUGGGCUGUCAGGGGAGCCUGGGAAACCUGGAAUUCCAGGGCUACCAGGCCGGGCAGGAGAACUUGGAGAAGCAGGGAGACCUGGAGAGAAAGGUGACAGGGGUGAGCAAGGUGCAAAAGGAGAACAGGGUAGAGAUGGCCCGUCAGGUCCUCCAGGCCCACCAGGACCCAAGGUAGAUUCGACAGUAGAAGGGAGCGUCUCUGGAUUUCCUGGGGAACGUGGACCUAUAGGACCCAAGGGAAGCAAGGGAGACCCAGGAGAAGAUGGUGUAAAGGGUUCCAGAGGCGAUAAGGGUGAAGAUGGUCAAAAAGGGGAGAGAGGUGAUGCUGGUGAAAAGGGCAGGGAUGGCACUCCAGGACUUCCUGGAGAGAGAGGCCUUCCUGGGUCAGAAGGGAAAGCGGGCUUGCCAGGUUUCCCUGGAGUUCUGGGCAGACCGGGAAAUCCAGGGGAUCCUGGAUCACCAGGCCCUCCUGGUCCUAUCGGCCCACCUGGUACUCAAGGCAUACCUGGAAUAAAGGGAGAUGUAGGAGAACCUGGGUCAAGCACACGAGGUAUGCCAGGCCCUCCAGGAACUGUGGGAUUCCCAGGACCACCAGGAUCUUCCGGGCCUGUGGGUCCACAGGGCCCUCCAGGGUUACCAGGACAAGUGGGUGAGCCAGGGAAGCCAGGUGUACCAGGAAGAGAUGGAGUGUCUGGAAAAGAAGGGGAGUCUGGAUCGCCCGGGAAAAUGGGUGUUCCAGGACCUUCAGGACCUGCUGGUCCUAAAGGGGAACCUGGAGAUGCUGGGUCCCCAGGACAGAGUAUAGUGGGGCCUCCUGGAGUAAAAGGUGAAAGGGGUGAACCAGGCGUUUUUGAUGAGGAAUUUCUGAAGAAGCCAGGUCUCAAGGGUGAUCGAGGCCUACCAGGUCCUCGUGGAGAGAAAGGUAAUCCUGGAAGUUUGGGGGUACCUGGAGAUCCUGGAGAAGAUGGAGCCAAAGGAUCACCUGGGAUCAAAGGAGAAAAGGGUUCAGUUGGAAUUGGCAUCCAGGGACCUCCUGGACAGGAUGGACCUCAAGGCUUAAAGGGAGAUCCUGGUUUACCUGGUCCCCCAGGCCCACCUGGUUCACGUGGUCCAGUUGGAACACCUGGCCAGUCUGGUCUGAGAGGAGAAAAUGGAAUGACUGGCCAACCUGGACCUCCAGGAGAGAGGGGUACUUCAGGCACUCCAGGAGUAAAGGGUGACAAGGGGGACAUAGGUAUUGGACAACCAGGACCUAGAGGAGAACGAGGAGAUCCAGGAACACGGGGUGAAGAUGGGCGCCCAGGUCUGGAGGGAGAUCGAGGGCCUGCUGGCCCUCCUGGAAACAGAGGGGAGAGAGGUGACAAAGGUGACAUAGGGCUUAUGGGGCUGAAAGGAGACAAAGGAGAUACUGUCAUUGUGGAAGGCCCAGCAGGUCUCCGAGGGAAUAAAGGAGAACCAGGAGAACGUGGCCUAAAAGGAAUGGAAGGGGAGAAGGGUGACAAAGGAGAUCAUGGAAUAAUUGGAGAAAAGGGAGUAAAGGGUGAACAAGGUGAAAAAGGAUCCACAGGCUUCCCUGGUGCACGAGGACCCAGUGGACAAAAGGAGAACCAGGAGAGCCGGUGA